AUGCUGAUAGCCCCAUUUAUUUAUAAGACAACAAAUGAUUAGAUUCAUAUUUUCGUUUUAAAAAGAUCAGAUUUGACAAGAGUCACAAAUUUCUAUUUUACUUUUCCUUCUACAGUAAACUUAGAAUCUGCAUCAGCUGCAUCGGAUUCAAACUUGAAUAUAUACCUAACAGCAAGUUACAAUUAAAUAUUUUUCGCAAAAAUUUCAUCAUCCUUCACAGUAACUGAGUAUAGAAUGUGGAAGUAAGAAUACACAAGUUAUUACUCAUCUGUUGGUAUCGUGAUGUAUUUAGAUACGCCUUAUUAUGCUUUCAAAGGACUUUAUGCUUCAACAAAUAAAGAUUCUUUUAUGAUAUUUAAAGAUAGCAAAACCUAUAACUAUGUAGAUAUUCCUAUUCUGGCUUCAUCAGAAACAUAAUUUUACCCAACUUUUCUAACUACUAGUAUUAGCCCAAUAAUUACCAUUUUAGCAGGUGUAGAAAUUCCAGGUAUCCUUUAAACUUCAAAUUAAGCUUUUCUCACAGAAGUAGGUGGUAUAAAAUUGAAUACUAUGAGUUUUAGCAAUUUGGCAUCCGAAAGAUAAAACUGGGGUACAUCUCCUUUACCAAACGAAGGCGUAAAAUUCCCUGACUCUACAAUUUAUGAGUUCAUUAGAAACACAGGAACUUAGACUAUUAAAUUUACACAACCUAGUGCAAAUUGUUAAGGCAAGCCUAUAAAGCUUUAAGUUUUAAAUCCUUUAACUGAUACAUAAAUUUUCUAAUAAGCUUUUGUUUCAUUUGAUAGUAUCGAUACUGUUUUUAUUAAUACUAAUUCAGUAGUGAGACCAUUAUCAUUCUCACUAAAAGUAAGAUAUGCAGAUGAAGCAUAUGCGAGCAGUGGAGCAUUUUUUGAUUAUCCAAUUCUAAUAAGAAUAGUUGCUUAACAAAAUCUUACCAUUGAGGAGCAUAACUGGAAGGAAUGCUUUUAAAAUUAGUUUUCAAUGUCAUUUGGCUCUAACUGCGGAACAUGCUAUUUUUAUUCAAAUGGCUUCUAUUUAAAUAAAGAAGAUGAGAAUAUCAUAUUAGUAGGGUAAGCAGCUCCCACAAAUGCUUUUCUUAUUAAUGAAGAUAAUGAUGAUGGCUUUAUUGCUAGAAUAUCUUAAACUGGUUGGGUUUACUGGCUAAAUCAAGUAUCUGCAUAGCAAAAUGUAGAGGAUGCUAUUACAGCAGUUACCAUGUCAAAAGGAUUUAUUUAUUGUUUCUUCCAUAAUUAUGGGAGUACUGAACCUAAUAGAAUUCAUGCAAUACUUAAAAUCACAUAUGAAGAAGGAAAAAUUUAGUGGACAAAGAGGAUAAUUCCAUCUAAUCCUAUUGAUAGCAAAAGCUUUAUUGUUUCUUACAUGAGAUAUAUGGUGACAAAUCCUUAUAAUGAUUCUUAAAUAAUGACUUCUUUGUUAUAACAAUGGAAUGCUGGCUCAAUGUAUUCAGGAAAUAUCUUGCUAGUUAAUGAUGGUGAUGACAUUAAAUCAGACUUCUCUCUAGUUAUUAAACCAUUAGCAAAAUUGGCUGGAUCAAUGAAUUCAGCUGGGUAUAUAGUAUUCCAUCCUGACUCAAAUUUAGUUUACUUAGCUCAUGCUGCUUUUACAACUUCGGCAACUUACUAAGACCUUAUGGUAAUGAAGUUAGAUAUUUCCUCAAAAUAAAUUUUAUGGUCGAAUACCUUUAAUGAUGGAAGAUAACUGCCGAAUUGGGAUCCUUUAUAGCCUGCUCUAGCCUUUUGUAAUAAAACAUAAUUUCUAUAUAUGGUUACUGCUCCUUAUCACUCACAUAUAAUCAAACUAAAUAAAGAUGGCCAAACAUUGAAAGAAAUCUAUGUAUAAAUUACACUUGUGAAUUUAGUCAAUGUAGAAAUUGUAAUAAAUGAGAACAAUGGAAAUGUUAUAUUGGUAGGUUCAUCUACCUAGUACUAUGCAUAUAAUCAAUUUGAUAUGGAUUUAGUUCCAUUAGAAUAUACUUACAGAAGUGAACCUCAUAAUGGAGCUAGAAUCACAAGAGGUAAUGUUCAUUAAAAAGGUAGUGAUUAUUACUUAAUGGGCAUAAAUAUGUACUCAUAUGGAACAUCAACUCCUUCUAUAGAAGUCGUCUUUUGGAAGCAUCAUUAUGAUUUUUAUAAGAAGAUGUACUAUGAUUGCCAUGCUUUUCCUCCUUAUAACUUGUAUAGUGAACAAGUAUACCCUGCUGUCAAUACUGCAAUUUAAAGUUUAGCAAUAAUCAUUAAUCCGAAUUAGCUUUAAUUGCUUGAUGCAGAUUUCAUAAAAUCCUAAUAGAUGUAAACAUAUGGUCCAGGACUACUUUAUCCUAACUCUGAUAAAUCGGCAGCAAAUUUCUACUAUGACAUACCAUUUUAGUGUGAAAAUACUGGGCUAUCUCCUCCUUCAAUGGAAGCAUUACCAGCUUUUGAGGUUAAUAUGGGAGAAUUAAAAAGUUUUGAUAUUUCUGCACUGAGCUUAAAAUAAUGCCAGAAAAUGAAAGUUACUUAUACUAUUUAUGAUGAAGCAAGAUCAAUGACGAGGACUACUAAUAAUAACUUUAUUACAAUUAACUAGAAUUCAUAAUUAGUAGUUGAUGCAAGGAAUAAUCCUCCCUUCCCAAGCUAGAGAAUUUUGUAAAUUUAGGCAUGCAUUCAAAUGUUUUCAACAAAAUGCUCAUGGACAUAAGCAACUCUGGUAAUUUGGCCUUCUGAUAUGAUUGAUGCCCCUAAAACUGAAGGAGCAACUGAAUGCUAAGGCUUACAAGAAUUUCCAAAAAUUCUCGGAUAUCCUGGAUUCUAUUUCUCAUUGACUCAAGCAGAUAUGGAUAAAGAUAAUGGUAAUUUCGUAAUCUGUGGAAGAACAUCUAUAUAGAAGUAUAAAAACAUUUAGUAUCCAAAUUCUGCAGAUGGAGGCUUAAUAGUGUUUUCAAGUAUAUACGGCUAAAUAUAUUGGGCUUACAAUGUUUAAAAAAGAAUUAAUACCUAAACUAACUUCUUUUCGAGCUGCGUAAUUUCAUCUGACGAUUUCAUAUAUACUAUUAUCUAUCGAGAUACUACAGAUAUGAAUAUAAUAAAAAUGAGCUACGAGAGAGGGAAGGUACUUUACACUAAAAUGGUGACAGGAACAUUUGAUAUUACAAAGAUUUUGCCUAAAUUAUGGAUAGAUAAUGAAAGCAAAAACGGAUAUAUUUCUGGCUAUAGAAAUGAUAUAACAGCUUAUUCACUAUAUUUACAAAAGUAAUACUAUUUAUGA